ACACACGAAAUGCGAUACGGCACAAUCCGCUGCUGCACACGGGGACACUCACACGUUGUUGGGGGGGUAUAUAUACGUCGAUUCGAUAACGUGUCACGUCGCGAUCACGGUGGGCCCAUUCCGUAGAAUCCUUACGAAGUAUGAGCGGAAAGUACUCGCUACCGUGGAACGCGAGAUCGGCAGAGUAAUCGUGAGCGGAGCGCGAUAAGACACGCAUAUAUGCCUCGCUUCUCGUGCCACACGGCGGAAAUCGCUGUUGUGUUGUGGUAGAGUUAACAGGGGACAUAACCUCAAAAGAGGCGAGGUGUUGGUAUUCGUGAUUCGAUUCUCUGACUUUUGCAGCCGAUGCUGGAAACACCUUGCGGCCGUGCGAUCUCGGAGAAAAUUUGCUCCCUCGACGGAAUUGCUUAUCUCGAAGCGGGGCACACGUGCGAGACGCGUAUCCGUGCCUUUCGCGCAGAGUUGCGAAAAAGCAUCCAGUCAUGUACAUCGUUUUGCAAAGCACAUAUCUCGCUUUUUUUUAUCUAAUCUUUCUCACUUAAUUGUCUAUCGCGAUAGAUCGGUAAGCGGCAUGUAUGAUUAAAAAUAUAUUUCACCGGCUGAGAGAGGCGAGUUUUAAUGAGGAAGACUCAACACGCGUUUGCUUUUAACUUGCAUUUGGUUUACCAAAACUGUAAUGUUAGAAGUCACGUGUAUGCGAAUAAGCAGAUAAAAGACACUUGUGUAACACUACAUCAUUGCGCACAUGGUAAAGGGAUAUGACUUAUCAUGCCAUCGUCUUUUUGCCUAGUCAAAUGCGAGAUUUGAUAGUACGAUUGUACCGCUGUUCCGUAAAUGUAACCUAAACAAUAGGCAAUAACUUGCUGAAGGGAUAUUCCAAUAAACCAGUGGGAAUGGGCAAUUGUUUGUGCAAGGAUACUCCAGGGAUAUACGACAUUGAGACAUAUGGCAGUAAUAAUCGUGCGGAAGCUCAGAAUACCAUAAUACCGGAGCCGAGUAUAAGUAUAGUUUCGUGCAGCGAUUCGGCGUCUCCUUCCUUUAAAUUUCCCACAUCGUCGCACAUCGACAAGCUGGUAUUGGAAACACUCGGAAGUCUCGAUACUCUGGUAGACAACGAUCAUGAGCCACCGCCAGCGAUGUUAAAAUUGAAUUUGAUUGCGGACAAGGAAGAUGGUUGGAUACAAGUGGUUAGUUCUAUGGUCAAUGUUAUUCCAAUGAACAAUCCAUUGGGUCCUUCGGUUAUAAUAUUACUAUUAGAUGAUUGCCCUUUACCUUCAAAGGAUUCUGUACUACGAUUGUCACAAAUGUUUCAAUUCCCUCAGAAAGUUGAACAAAUACAAAUUACAACCACGCAACAGCGCAAUAUAUGCGUAGUACUUGGUUGCAUUGCAGAGAAACUUGCCGGUCCUAGUAGUAUUGCGAUAUUGUCUGACGCCACUUUAGAUUACCUAGUUUUAAAUCUACGAAAAGAAGUCGAGCCUUAUGUAAUGUUAUAUUCUCUGAUAGCACUAGAGAAGUUUGCACAGACAAGUGAGAAUAAGGUAACGAUUAAGAAACGUCUUAUGGCAGAAAAGCCAAAUCCAUUACUGGAAUUGGAGAAAUGGGUUACGGAAACGCAUUACGUACGUCGACAAGUUGGUUUCUGUGCACAGUGGUGUUUAGAUAACUUAUUCUUAAUGGAAGGUAGAAAAUAUUCCCACGAUUCCGUCGAUGUGACGGGUAUUAAUGUAAUGUUAAAUACGAGAGAUGUAAGCGAGUACCUGAAAAUAUCACCUAAUGGCUUGGAGGCACGAUGUGACGCAUAUUCCUUUGAAAGUGUACGAUGUACGUUUCAAGUAGAUUCGGGAACAUGGUAUUAUGAAACAUUGAUAAUAACUACAGGAGUUAUGCAAAUUGGAUGGGCCACGAAGGAUAGCACGUUUUUAAAUCAUGAGGGAUAUGGUAUAGGAGACGAUGAAUUUUCUUUGGCCUACGAUGGUUGUCGUCGACUGAUUUGGUAUAAUGCACGAAGUGAAAAAUUUCACGACAGACCGUGUUGGAAAGCUGGUGAUAUCUUGGGUUGCUUAUUGGAUUUAAAUAAACUAGAGAUAAUAUUCUCUAUUAAUGGUGUACCACUUAAACCGUGCAUUCAAGUAUUUAAAACAGUAAGGUCUGGAUUCUUUGCAGCGGCUAGUUUCAUGUCAUUCCAACAAUGCCUAUUUAAUUUUGGACAUUUACCUUUUAAAUAUCCACCUACUGAUCGAGAAUUUCAGAAGUUCAACGACUACGCUACAUUGAAACCAGAAGACAAGAUCAUACUUCCUAGGCACAUAUACCUAGAUCAAUUACGAAGGCUUAGUGUUAGGGAAGAUUCCUGUACAUUAUGUUUCGAUCAGAAGGCAUCAGUAAGGUUACUGCCAUGCAAUCAUAGAGGAUUCUGCCAAAGGUGUUCAAAACAGCUGAUUGAAUGCCCAAUGUGUAGAGCUACUAUUGAAGAAGUAGCCUCAGAUAACAUAUGACAUCAAUCAUCUCAUACCAAUGUUUACGAAUUCUUUCAUCAUUUCCUUUUUGUCAUGCAAUUUUUAUGGAAAUACCACGAGAUAAUCAUAAAUAUAGAUAGUUAUUUACGUCGUGUACUGUA